AAAUAUUAUUCAUUCACUGCUGAGAUAAUGUCUGGGGGAGGAUUUUAAUGGAUUUACUCGAUGUAUUUGGACAUAUUGGGCUAAAAACUAAUGCCAAUACUAGUUCAUUACAUUUUGCAUCAAGUAAGCUUGAAUUGUGAACGUCAUUUUAAUAAAUUUGAAUGUCAAAAGUGAAGAACAUCGAACAUGCAUCGAUUGUCAAAAAUUUGUAAUAGUAAUCAGUUAUUUCCGAAAAAGAGAUGGACUGAUGAAAGUGGGAAAUUUAAACAAAGUGAAGUAAAGACAAUCCUUCAAGACGUGGUGGUUCCUCAACUUGUGGGAGAAGUCUAUGAUAACAACAAAGUUAGGGAUUGGUGCAUAGCAAUAUCCAAUGGCGUCAAUGAAAGACUAAAAAGUUUGAAUUUGACAAGCUUCCGUUAUGCAGUGCAAGUAAUAAUUGCACAAAACUGGGGGGAAGUAGUCACAGAGGCAAAGUGCAGUUGGGAUUUGCAGUAUGACUCCUAUUCUAGCUACAUAUUUAUCAACGAAACGAUGUUCACUUUAGUAACUGUAUUUGCAUUUUUUACGUACCCUAUGUAGAUAUAGAUUUGUAAAUAUGUGACAUGUUGAAAUAAAAAUAAUCCAUUUAUACUUUAU